GGCUCGAGGUCCACAUUCCGCCCGCAGGCCCUCUGGCUGAGCAUCGGUCCGCUGCCUUUCAAGAAGGUGAGCCUUCCGCUACCCACCGGGUGUGAUGCAAUCGGUUACGUACUUGAGGUCCUUGUUUGGAACCGGAAGCGAUGGGAUAUCGUCGUGUGGAUCGAAAAGCUCAGACGCUUCGAGCGAUUCCGAGGGUCGGCGGAUUCGACGACUGACGCCGCAGACGAGAAAGGCUCGUUUUCAUCCGGACCCGAUGGUUCAUACGUGCCGUUUUCAUCCGAAGGCUCAUCCGAGCGAGCGUCGCCGAAGAAAGGGGGCGACGCAUCUGAUCUUGAAAGCGUUCGUGGGCAGAGCGUGUCAGAGCAAUCCGCAGGAGGGAUGUUACGUCGAUCCACCGUAAAGUUCACGGAAUUGAUGGGCGAUCCGAAUGCCACAGAAAUAAGUAUUUUCGGGGCUUUCAUCGAGCUCUUGACAUUCUCUGUUCGCCGGCCUCACAUCCGAGCUUUCAAUCGUAUGAAGACCAGCAACCCUCAGCUCGAAGAAAGGCUGCUCGAGGAGGUCACGUCUGAUACGUCUGUCGUUACCUACUUGCAGAGCGACGCCUACAAUUUGUAUUUCAUGACCCUCCUCAAAAAACAACCAGACGGUUGCCGUCUGCCUGUUAGCUUUCCUGAUUUCUGGAAGAUAGAUUAUUUCGGAGGUUGGCCAAUGAAGACGUUCAUCAUUCAGAUGUUGAGUCUUUGUAUCGUCGCUUCUGGGUGUGAAUUCACUUUCCAAGAGCUGAGCUAUCUGUGCUGGGGUACGCAGCUUGUUGGACUAUCAGUUUCCAGGCUCUUGGGGGAAUUGUUUUUCAGGGACGUCAUGCACUUAGAAUGCUACUACCAUCAGUUAUUGGGAACGCAGUCCCAGAACCAGCGCGCCUACAAAUGGCUCGACAAAGACCGUCGCCUUGCACUCGUUCGCAGCAUCCAGAUCAAGACGGCACUUGCGACCGCUCUCUUCGUAACCACAUACUUGGUGGUAGUCCUCAGCAAAGAUGCAACUUCGAGUCUCAAAGGCCAGGUAGCCUGCCAUUUUGUAAGUAUUCAGGGAACUAUCAGUUUCGCUGUUCUGAAGGCUGCCGAUGCUGAGCGUCGUCUUGGUGACGAGGGAUCACUCUAUGCAGGCCUUGGGGAGUACAACAUGCAAGUCACAUUCAUUGCCAGGGACAAAACAGCGACUCACGAGGACCACACCUGCGCAGGUCACGUAUGGCAUUUGAUGAAUGAGGCGCACUUCUGGGUCGUGCUUUUGGUGCUCACUCGCAUUCCCAUUCUUCACUUCAUCACGUGGGGUCUUGUCUUCGGUAACUGAGCAGAAGCGAGAGCGCAGGCAAGGGGGCGAUGCAGCAGAAGCAGUUGAACGAAACAUGUUUUAAUCCUGGGGUCCUUGCUCUUCCUCUCACUGUGUAUGAUGGAGGAUGCUCCUGCACAGGUUUUGGCUGGAAGGUUGGGCGAGGGGUAGGGCGGGUGGCCAAGGAUCAAUUGCAGCGGAGAACGCUUGGCUUGCGCAUGUACAUAGUACCAGCAAUGGCUGGCGCAAGUGAUGCGGUGAGCCUUGACUCGGACGUCCGCGUCGGUCGUGCCAGUGUCCAGCGAGUGGUUGCGGGGCCGAGAUUUAGGCGAGGCCUAGGCUUGGCUUAGGCUGAGGCUUAGCCUAGGCUGAGGCUUAGGCUUAGACUGAGGCUUAGGCUGAGGCUUAGGCUUAGGCUGAGGCUUAGCUUAGGCUAGGAUGAGGAAGGGCAUCUGACGAAGAGGCUCCAGGGCAGUUCAGGUCGAGAACCCCUGCUUCUGUGCUUCGCUGGUGGCGUCUCGUGCCUGUGGGCACCGAACUCACAAUUCGGCGCUUGCGAUACUGGCAGGUCUCUAUCGCCGGCCCGCUCGCGAAUUCACAGGUUCUCACCGCUCUCUUAGGAUACCUUGAAAUUGCGCACCCUGUGGGCACGCCUGAAUGGCGUCUGUCGAGACGCUCUGGGCCUCGUGAUGGGCGCUCUGAUCGGCGCUGGGGCCCCCCCGGCGGCGCCUCCGGCGCCGCCCCUGGCGCGCGGAGCGCGCCAGGGAGGGGGUCCAGCGCCGAUCUGAGAAACCCGCGCGGACCUCAGAGUUUUUUGUUAUGUUUAUGGCAUUUUUCUUUCCCCAAGUUUCCACUUAGCACUCCCCAGAUGGCCGCAAGAGGCAAGACCAACGAUUCUCCAUACGUUUUUUCGUGCUCACGAAGAACUAGACUUUUCGAGCUUCUGGCGCUCCACGACGUCUCGGCCAGCGCCUUGGCUUGUUUUUUUCGCAACCUGUGAGGUGCCAUUACUUUGCUCAUGAGAUGUGCCCCACUUGGAGUACUCUAGAGCCAGUACUUUGUUCGCAGACGGUGGACGUUUUCACGUUUUUCAAAUCGGGAUGUGCAUGCUCUGCAUCGCAGCAGUAGCGGUCAGGAGCGAGCUUGCGUGGUUGGAACCAUCGCCGCUACCUUUGACCCAGCAGCGUUGCGUCUUGCACGCAGACCUCGGUCUUCCUCUAGUGAUUCGUCGCCCAGUCGAGCUGAGACACAUACAGAUCGUC